AUGUCGGCACCUCAAUCUCCCUCGCCCAGUGAAGGCGAAAGCAAGAGAAGCGAAGUCAGCUAUCGCUUCUGCCAGGAAUGUUCCAACCUCCUUUACCCAAAAGAAGAUAGAGCUACCUCGACACUGCUCUACAUUUGCAAAGCCUGUCAUGCCACCACGACCCAUGAUUCAGCCUGUACAUUCCGCCAGCAUCUAGGUGCUAACGUACAAGAGACCGCCGGAGUGACCACUGACGUUGCCAAUGAUCCAACUGUGGGUUCGGAUUUCUUAGCAAUGCCCCCUUCAUGUACCCUCUGCGGCGACCAGUUGCGAUGCAGCCAGUGUGGUGAAGAGUGA